AUGGUAUCCUUAAAAACGCUCACCAAAACCGCUACGUACAUAGCGAUCGGUGGGAUUACUUGUGCGAUGAUAAUGAAGGUGAAGCUGGAGGACAAAAUACGCAGUCAGCCGUACUACAAAGAAUCGCUCAAACUGCUCCGCUCUCACCCGGGUGCGGUACAACUGCUCGGUGAGCCGAUCAAGGAUCUAAGCUUCGAUUACGGAGAGGAAAGCAGAAAGUUCGGCGGCGGCAGAAUCGAUAGCUUUGCUGUACCGGUGAGGGGACCAAAAACCCGCGGCAAGUACUACUUCUGGGCGGAAAUGCAGGACGAACGGUGGGUGAUAAGGCGGGCAGAGCUGGAGCUGAAAAACGAACCGGACCGGCGGUUGUUGAUAAGGGCGGAAGAGAGUCAAGCCAAAGAGUAGGGUUCGUUCGUUUAGGUAGUUUCGACGUACUCAUGGUUGUGGGACACUUUUUUGAUUGUUUCUAAUGAGAAAUGAACUUUAUGUGAAGAGGAAUUGGACUUUUUAGCACCUUUCUUCUAAUUCCUAUAGGAAAUAUUCAAGGAGGGUACUACAUACUCCAAUUCCAAUCAUUAACAUUAAAUUCCAAUAGGAAAACCAAGAAAGUGUCCCACAACUAUAAGAACCCACGAAAAACCCUCUUUAGCAGGGAAAGCGGUGCACACAUCUUUAACAGAGCACUUCAUUCUAAUGCACUUUGUUUUGUUGGGUUCAAAUAAACUAUUGACCACAUUAA